CCCACCACACAGAACCAGUUAUACAAACUCUGAGUUUUGAUUGGACGAGUGAUGUUGUCCCCCUCCAAAAUAAGAGGUCAAUGCCAGCUGUUCGAUCUGACUGAGAUCAACGGCUGAGAUAUUUCGCCGCGCCUCCUUACUCACGAAGCAAUGAAGAAACAUCCCGGAAGACCCCCACCCCCAAAUUCUCCAUAAAAACUGCCCCAAAAAAGAGAUUCCGUAGCGUAGAUUAUUUUUCAUUUUUAUUUUUAUUUUUAUUUUUAUUUUCUUUUUUCGUUUAUUUUGUUCUUCACUAGGCUGCUGUUUAUCUUCAAUUGGAGCGGGAAUGUUUGAUCAUGAGUUUGUGGAAAGUGAAUUCAUCGAUUGGGGCCAGUUGUUAGAAAAUAUACCCGACAACCCUAAUUUCGAUUUCUGCGAUCCGCCCCCCGCCGAUUUGUUCUCGAACUCCCCCGAUUCGGGGGCUUCUUUGUCCGUCGAUGACAUUGAGCAGUAUCUUAUGAACGAUGAUUCUCAUCCGGAUGAGAAAUACGAGGAUAAUUUAGUUGAUGAGUUUUUAUCCGACGUACUUCUAGAUUCUUCGCCCGGAUCCGGUUCAGACCGGUCUAAGGAUUCUUCCACCAGCCCUAACUCGGUGGAGGUUGGGACGGACCGAGAGGAGAAAGAAGAGGAGGGUGACAAGUCCGAUCAUAGUGGUGCUGAUGUUCCGCAGACGAAGGAGAACGGCGUGAUUGAUGCUGUAGAUGAUGAAGAUGAUGAAGAUGAUGAAGAUGAUGAUCCCUCUGAAAGAAAACGGAAAAGGCAAAUAAGGAAUAGGGAUGCAGCUGUGAGAUCUCGAGAAAGGAAGAAGAUGUACGUAAAGGAUCUUGAGAUGAAAAGCAAGUAUUAUGAAGCUGAAUGCAGGAGGCUGGGGAAUUUUCUCCAGUGCUGUCUUGCUGAGAAUCAAGCGUUACGACUUUCGUUGCACACUAAUAAGGCAUUUGAUGCAUCCAUGUCCAAGCAGGAGUCUGCUGUGCUCUUGUUGGAAUCCCUGCUGUUGGGUUCCCUGCUUGGGUUCCUGGGCAUCAUAUACCUGUUAACUCUGCCAAGCCAGCUCCUGUCAAUUCUGGAAAAGGCUCUUCUGCCAAACGUGGGCAGCGCAGAGUGGGAAAACGUGACUCCAAGAAAGGAGGCAAGUAAAGUUUUCAGAGUUCAAUUCCAUUCAUUUAUGAUGACGAAGAGAUGCAAAGCUUCAAGAUCAAGAAUGAAGUUAAGCCCGGUGGUCCUGUGACUUUUCGGACAAGUCUUGUUUUGUCAGUCGGUUUUUAGUAGUUGGUUCACUACGGUCUCUCCCGGUAUAAACUAGAAGGAAUAACUUUAGUGUGGUAGAUAGUAGUUAAUUUCUUUUUUCUUUUCUUUUUUCCAUUUUCAUGGUGGGGAGUUUGAGACUUAGGGGUGUUCACUUGGUUCUUGAUUGCUUGUGCCUGUUUUGUUUAAUAUAACUAUUUUACUUAUCAUGAUAUUAGACUCUUUAGAUUAAAAAAAUGGAGGUCUGUGAUAUGUAAGAGUUGUGCAAUAUUUCAUCCAAUUUCCCCUUUUUUUUUUA